GGUACUGAUGUCUGAAGGCCACCCGCUGGUGAUCAGCUCUGAUAACCCGUCUCUCUUUGUCACCACAGGCAUCUGCUACAAUUUCUAUCAAGCCUUUGCGGGUAUUGGAGGGUUAAAGGCAAAGCUGGGCACUCUGAAAGAACUGGCUGUCAACUCUAUCAGGUACAGCUCACUCCCAACUCCCCCGAAGGACGCAGCUCUCGUCAUGUGGCAAAACAAAUGGGACACCUUCACAGCUGGCAAUGUAUGACCACUGAAGCACAAUGGAUC